AGUAAGGUGCGCAUUACAAUCUCGCUUUGCUGGUUGCAUAUCUCCAUUUCCCUUAUGUCCCUUUAGCUGAGUAACGGGUAUCCGACAGUCGAGGUAGUCGACUAUAGCGUUCUUACUUGUUUUUCUUGAGAAGAUACAUAAUUCAAAUGGUGGCUUCAAAUAAAAAUUGUUUCAUUGACAUUGUCGGUUGCGCAGUCGCAGCAGCGCGCGAGUGAUUUAAAGACAUAUUUAAAUAUUAUUAUUCCCGUAAAAUAAUCAGGAGACUGUGAGGCUGGACCGAGGAACCCUUUAGGUUAGUGGUUGAAUUGUGGACUCGACUUGACCCAGAAAAUUCUGGUGGGGAUUUGCCAGGUCAAAACGAUUGGCAUGGCUCAGUUUUUUUGGGAUAUCCAUCUUGGAAGCCCACGAGGAGUGACCGUAACCUAGCAGCCUCGAGCUUCUAGGCGAGGUCCUUACAUAAUCAGGGCUUCAUAUUUUGUCGUGGAAGACGGGAGCCACCAGGCCUCGGUCAAUUUAUUUAAAUCAUUUCCCCAAAAAGUCAUGAAGUGAUAAAGAUUUCUGUCAGUGUGUUGUUAGUGAAUUUCUGUGUGAUUAAUGUUAAUGUAUAAAUAUCAUUAAUGGUUCUUUAAUGGUUAAUGUAAUAUUAAUGUUAAAUAACCUUAAUGGUUAUAAAUCCAAAGAUCGCAAGUGUGCCACGCAUUCCCCCUUUAGAGCUCUUACGAGUGGGUUAGGAUGGUCGUUCCCAGGGGAGCAUUGUAUGUACAGAGCUUUCCGAUUAAGUAUUUAGAUAAUGUUCCAUUUUAGUUUACUACCGUAUAUGUUUACAGAAAUCGAAAUAUAAUGAUCUUUGUUUUUGUUUGUGCCUAACCGAAGUAGACACUUGCAGGACGAUCGCGUCGCGGCAAUGGUAACUAUGGUUACUGUAAUGCCGGACCACAGGCGAUGCGGGAACUGCGAUGAGGUUGAGCUAACGUAGGUAGGUAGGUAGGUCAGGGAGUUUUGAAUGUGGUAGCACUUUGCGUAGUUGGCUCGGCUGACACUGCAAAAUGUGCUGACUGCAUUGGCGGGUCAGAGUAUCGCUGAGACGGUGACUCGGUGAGUUAGUGAGACAUAUAAUAUGCUGAUUAGUAAUUCUCUUCUGCAGUGGGUGCUACUGAGCGCCUGGUACUGUUUCCAACUUGGCCACUGCUUGAUUUGUUGGGUGCUGGUCAUGUUUGUAGCAGGAAUGCUACGUCGUAGUAUGUAUGUAUGUGUAUGUUAUUGUAUUCCUUCUAGAUCAUUCGUGUAAGUUCUAAGAAUAAGUUGUUGUUGUUGUACGAUGCCGCUCACUGUUCUCUAUCUCUCUCAUCGCUCUCACACUCUCCCAAUGAGUCGGGGGUUGAUGCGGAUCGUGAGCUGAGAGCGAGGGCAGUUGAACGCCGACCGUGAUCCUGAACAGACGAAAUUAUAAAAUAAAGACUAGAAGUACAUAUAUAUGUGUGUUGGUGUUUAACUUUGGGGGAAUAUAUCAUACCCCUACAAAAUCAGAAGUGGGCCGAUCACGAGCCAAUUAAUUAAAUUGUUAGUAAAAAGAAAAUCAAAAUGGAUUUAAACAACGAGUCGAUUGAACAAUUAAAAAGGUGGUUGAGUGUAUUAAAGUUAUCAACAACCGGAACAAAGAGACAAUUGAUCUUGCGAUUAAAUAAUAUACCGAAGGAAAUUCGGGAAAAGUUUGACGAAAUGGCGAGACAAAAAGGAGACAAAGACGGCGACAAAAGUAAAGGCGAAGACAGCGGCGACGAGAAUUUCGAAGACGGCGGCGGAACUAUCCAGAAAGAAGGCGGCGACAAAAGUAACGGCAAAGACGGCGGCAUCCAGAGUUACAACGAAGAAGACGGCGACAAAAGUAAAGGCGAAGACAGCGGCGACGAGAAUUUCGAAGACGGCGGCGGAACUAUCCAGAAAGAAGGCGGCGACAAAAGUAACAGCAAAGACGGAGACAAAAGUAACGGCAAAGACGGCGGCAUCCAGAAUUACGACGAAGAAGGCGGCGACAAAAGUAACGGCAAAGACGGCGGCAUCCAGAGUUACGACGAAGAAGACGGCAACAAAAGUAAUGGCGAAGAAGGCAGCAUCCAGAAUUAUAGGGCAGUAAUUCGCUCUUUUUAGUACCACUCUCCUUUCUGUCUGUCGAAAGCUCCCUCGCAGAGCAGUUGCCAUUCUAAUUCCAGCGAUUGAAAAAGCUGCUUACGCGCGAUAAAAUAAAUUUUACGGCUCAUCACAAAAACAUUGUUAAAAUUAACUGAAAUAAACAAUACAUUUAAAUUUCUACCUAGUUUAGUGUACGUUUAUGAAUUAAUUGUUGUAAAAGCUCGGCAUUAAAUUUAUUUAUAUAUAACAUUUUUGGAAAUUUGAAGAUCUAUUAUAUUUAUAAUGCAUUUAGUGUAUUUAAAAAAUUUUUUUUUAUCUAUAUAUAUUUAUAUUUU